AUGUUUUUGUAUGCUCGGAAACUUGCAAGAGAUAUUAAGCUAGCUUAUACAUCCACCCACAGGGUAAUAACGAAAGAUCCGAAAUGGAUAAAGUUGAGAAAAACCCCUAGAGGCACUUGGAUCUUGAAUACAGACGGAGCUUAUAAAGCAGUGACGGGGUUAGUGUCGGCAAGAGAACUUAUACGAGACGAAAACGGAGAAUGGGUAAGAGGUUUCAUGUUACGAGUGGGACAUAUAGAUAGCACAACACCAGAACUGUGGGAUGCUCGCCAGGGUCUUUUACUAGCGAAAUCUCUGGGGGUAAUAAAUCCCAUUUUAGAGAUGGAUGGAAAAUGGGUGAUCGACACUUCAAAGGGUAGACAAGCGGAAGGGUAA